AUGGCACCUGCGAAAUCCGGGGAGAAGGCGACCAGCUUCGCCAUGGCCUGCAGCCUGCUCAGCCGCUACGUCAGGCAGAACAGUACCGCCGCAGGCGAUCUAGGCCUCGCCAUCAGAGCUGAAGCCGAUGCAAAGAGGACGACGGCAGAAGACACGCAAAGCGGGGAGACGACGAAGGAGACCAUGGAUCUCUUCCCCCAGAACGCUGGGUUCGACUCGGAGGCCGCCAUGAAGGAAGCCCCUGAUGCGAGGGAGCUAAAGAAGCGCCAGCUGACUAUCUUCUAUGGCGGGAAGGUCCUUGUGUUCGAUGACUUCCCUGCUGAGAAGGCAAAAGACCUGAUGCAAAUGGCCAGCAAGGGUUCAUCUGUAGCUCAGAACCCUGGCUUGCUGCCUUCCCCCACAGUUGCAACCGUUACUGACAGCACCAAGAUCGCAGCAGUGCCAGCCGCACCAAUUGCUGUGGUCAACGCCCAGAAGAGUGCGGCAGAUAUACCCCAGGCUCCCAAGGCAUCUCUUCGCCGGUUCCUCGAGAAGAGAAAGGAUCGCCUUACCGCGAAAGCACCAUACCAAGGUUCCCCUUCAGAUGCUACACCUGUGAAGAAGGAGAUGGCGGAGGGUCAGCCAUGGCUCGGGCUGGGACCUCAGAUUGCCAAUCCUGAUCUGAGCUUGUGCAAGGAGGGGAGCCAAUGA